CGGAUAUCGAUUUUGGUCCAGUGAGAUGCAGAUUAUUCGUAUUCUAUUGAUAGCAUUCCCAAUUUAUGUUUAAUGUUCAAUUUAAUAUUCGCAGAUAAACGUAUUUUUAUUGGGAGUGGUCAUUGCAUCUUAAUCCUAUAUAAAUUUGUAAAUAGUUUCGUUUAAAAUGCGAAUAUUGACGCUCGGUGUUCUUUUUAAUACUCUUCAUAUUAUAUAUAGUGUUGCUGGAUUGAAAAUUUUCGAAGCAAAUCCUGACACAAAAAGACUUUACGAUGACUUAUUAUCGAAUUAUAAUAGACUUAUACGACCUGUUAUGAACAAUACCGAAACUUUGACAGUUCAACUCGGUUUAAAAUUAUCACAAUUAAUUGAAAUGAAUUUAAAAAAUCAAGUGAUGACCACUAAUGUCUGGGUAGAACAGGUAAAAUUAAUGAUCGAAAUAAAUGUUUCAUUCAUUGUAAAUUUUAUAUAUUUACAGAGAUGGAAUGACUAUAAACUAAAAUGGAAUCCAGAAGAAUACGGUGGCGUGGAAAUGCUAUAUGUACCUUCCGAAAAUAUUUGGUUACCAGAUAUUGUCCUGUAUAAUAAUGCUGAUGGUAAUUAUGAAGUGACACUUAUGACAAAAGCUACAUUAAAAUAUACUGGUGAUGUAUCUUGGAAACCGCCUGCAAUUUAUAAAUCAUCUUGUGAAAUUAAUGUAGAAUAUUUCCCAUUCGACGAACAAUCGUGUAUUAUGAAAUUCGGUUCAUGGACUUACAAUGGCGCUCAGGUAGAUUUAAAACAUAUGAAACAAGAAGCUGGUAGCAAUUUAGUUGCAAAAGGAAUAGAUUUGAGCGAUUUCUACUUAUCAGUAGAAUGGGACAUUUUAGAAGUACCAGCAUCGAGAAAUGAAGAAUAUUAUCCAUGUUGCACAGAACCCUAUUCUGAUAUCACCUUUAAUAUUACAAUGCGAAGAAAAACAUUAUUCUAUACGGUUAAUUUAAUAAUUCCUUGCGUGGGUAUUACAUUCCUUACAGUACUUGUAUUUUAUCUACCAAGUGAUUCAGGUGAAAAAGUAUCAUUAUGUUCUUCCAUUCUUCUCUCACUGACAGUAUUUUUUUUAUUAUUAGCCGAAAUUAUUCCACCAACAUCUCUGGCUAUACCACUUUUAGGAAAAUAUUUACUAUUUACUAUGAUUUUAGUCACUUUGUCGAUAUGGAUUACUGUAUGUGUUUUAAAUGUCCAUUUUCGAUCUCCAUCUACACAUAAUAUGUCGCCAUGGGUUAGACAAGUAUUUUUAAAUUGGAUGCCGCGAAUUUUAAUGAUGCGUCGAACACCAUAUUCAACUCCAGAAUAUGAUGAUACAUAUAUGGAUAGCGGAUAUACUAAUGAAAUAGAUUUUAGUUUUCCUGAUAGCGUUAGUGAUUAUCCACUGGAAUUGAAAGGAAGUCCUGAUGGAUUUGAAAGUGUUACCUCUCAAUAUAAAAAUAUACGAGAAGAUGAUGCUCGACAUAUUCCACAUGCAUCAGUCACCGAUAGUGAAAAUACAGUCCCAAGAUAUUUAUCUCCGGAUGUUAUCUCAGCUCUUAAAGGUGUGCGUUUUAUUGCUCAACAUAUAAAAAAUGCAGACAAAGAUAAUGAAGUUAUAGAAGAUUGGAAAUUUGUAGCUAUGGUUUUAGAUAGACUUUUUCUUUGGGUUUUUACAUUGGCAUGUACUGCAGGAACACUUGGCAUAAUAUUUCAAGCACCAAGUUUAUAUGAUACAAGAGAACCUGUGGACCAACAACUUUCUGGAAUAUCACUUCGCAAUUAUAUGUAUCCAAAUGUAGAAAUUUCUUCAGAAGAAUAAAUUUUGAAAUUCAUAAUAUGUAUAAUACGCGUAAAAAAACUAUAUAUAAUAUAAAAAUAUUAAAUCAUUAAUAUUCUA